CCACAAUCGCACAAUACUCGAGACCCCAAGUCUACAUCGAUAUCAACCACGCUCCUCUCAGCGCUAUCUCGACGCCAUCCAAGGCGGCUUCCAUCACCAGACGAGAUCGUCCACAGGCCCACCCUCGAGCUUGAACCUGAUCAUCGAAACCCAAGCUGGCAUACUCUUGAACAUCCACCACCAUGUCUGGCUACAUCCCAACGGCUUUCAAGCCUUUGCGCUCCCUCGUGGCCAACGUCCAGUUCUCUCCUUCCCCUCCGCCCGAAGACCAACCCAACCCCCAAGAGUCCAGCGAUGACACCUACCUCGCAGACGGAAAUAUCAUUCUCGACGACCACCCCAUGUCUGAAGCUCCCAAAAGAGCAGACGGGCAACAUGCCAACUCUCCGGGGGUGUUUCACCCUUCGAUGGUACCGACUGUUGUUACGACGGGAGAUGGGCUUCAUGUGGAGCUGAUACCAAAGGAAGAGCAGGCGGACAAGGAAAAGAAGAAGGAUAAUAAGGAGGAUUUGAUGUUGCCAAGCCAUGUAUUGUUGGAGACGCACCUAUUGGGCGAGGAGGGGCAAGCGGAAGGGGAGGGCGAUAGGACGGCGGUGGAGGAUGAAGACUUUUUGGCUGGUCUGCAUUUCGUGGAUGAUGACCUCACAAGGGGAUCGAAGCGAUAUUUCGACCCAGAGCCUGAAGAGACGCAAGACGAUGAAGCCGCCUUCCUGGCCGCUGCCGACUCUCGAAAAGUGUGUCAGAAUUGCAAAAAGCCGGGUCAUCGCUCUGUCGAUUGUCCCCAUGUCAUUUGUACGACUUGCGGCGCUGUGGACGAACAUGAGAGAAGAGACUGUCCUCUCAGUAAAGUCUGUUAUGGGUGUGGACAAAGAGGCCAUCACAAGUCUGAAUGCCCCGAUCCUGCUACUCGCAACAAGAGAUGGACUGCUUGUGAACGCUGUGGUGGUUCGAGUCAUACCGAUACGAACUGUCCCACGAUCUGGCGGGUCUACACAUAUAUUCGCGACGACGAACGCAAAUCGGUGAUCAAAGAGAAGGAAAAAGCAGAGGGAUGGGCAAAGGAAGCUAUGGGCGGUGGACCCUAUGAAGCAUGGUGCUACAACUGUGCUCGAGAAGGCCACUUUGGCGAUGACUGCCCCCAACGACGAGGCUCGCUCGUACGCCUGACCGCCCCCUCUGCAUUCUCAUACGAAAUGUCCUCCCGCGGGCCCUUUUACGAAGCCCCCUCCAAAGCCAAAAACUUACCCAAAGCGACCCACUCGAGGUUCACCGACGACGACGUCCCUUACAACUCUGUGUACGACUCUUACGGUGCUGACGCUGGUCGCCGUGGGCGGGAAAAAGCCAAGCAAAAGAUGAUAUCUCGAGGUGGGAGACAUGACGAGGACGAGGACGAUUGGUUUGGCGGGAACCGGGAGAGAGAUAGGCGGGGUGGACAAGGGACACCGCAGAACCGUGGCCGAGGACAAGCGGGUACACCACAGAACCGCGGCGGACCAGCAGGCCGCGAUGGUAGAAGGCCGUGGGACUCUGAGCUGCGCGGACGAGAAUGGGACCAAGACCGAGCGAAACGGGAUCACGCAUCGCGGAACGACAGAGACGACUAUGAUCACUUUGAGCGACGUGGCGGGCAACCUCCGCGGCGGCAAUCGCGUUCACCGCCGGCGCGUAAACGAGGGGGACAGUCAUUGAGGGAUUUGCCGCCCAGCUCGGCUCCGCCCAAGGCGAAUUACAGGCCGAGACUUGAUGAUCGAGGGUACGCGGACUCGCCGUCUGUCCGGGGAGAUGGACGAGGCGCUGAAGCAGGCGCUGGCUCGAGAGCAUUGUUGGCACGCGCCAUGGGUCCUCAAGGUGGAGGAUCUUCUCCCCGUUCUCAUGACCUGGGGGCUUCGCCUAAACCGUCUUUGAAGAGUCGCAUAGGUCCUGCUCCUGGGGGUGGAAAGCGCGGGAGGGACGACGAGCGUGAUUGGGAAGGCGAGUGGAGAAGAGGAGGCGGACAAGGUGGGAAUGUGGCAGACUGGGGACGGCAGAUGGAUAGGGAUGUUCGUGAUAGUCGAGAUGGCCGUGGAAUGUCGAUCCGAGGGAGCGGGGCAAAGGAUCAGCAGAAGGGUACCGGGCAGAAGUAUCACGGAGGUUACUAGGUGGCAAUGGCUCGCGUGACUUGUGUACCGCUUGAUUCACUCAGGUGACUAUAAUGCAUGUGUUGCUGCAGU